UCAGCAUCUAGCUUUUGAAGUGUCGAGGACGUUAUAGAUUUUGAAAUGGCUCGUACCAAGCAAACUGCUCGUAAAUCCACCGGUGGUAAGGCACCAAGGAAACAGUUGGCCACCAAAGCUGCUCGUAAGAGUGCCCCAGCAACAGGUGGAGUUAAGAAACCUCAUCGUUACAGGCCAGGAACUGUCGCUCUCCGUGAGAUCCGUCGUUACCAGAAGAGCACUGAGCUUUUGAUCCGCAAAUUACCCUUCCAACGUCUCGUUCGUGAAAUUGCUCAGGAUUUCAAGACUGACUUACGUUUCCAGAGCUCUGCUGUUAUGGCUCUUCAAGAAGCCAGUGAAGCUUACUUAGUUGGACUUUUCGAAGAUACCAACUUGUGCGCUAUUCACGCCAAGAGAGUAACUAUCAUGCCAAAGGACAUUCAAUUGGCUCGUCGUAUUCGUGGAGAACGUGCUUAAUUCCGGUCUGCGCUAGACAUUCCAACAAUCGGCCCUUUUCAGGGCCAA